GUGGACUAGUGGUAGUGGGUUUCUUUCUUCAAGUUAAUUUCGCUGGCUACUACGCUACGCUCAAAUAAAACAGAUCCGUGAAGCGGCUCGCGGUCGGCAGAAACGAAGAAGAAAGCAAACCACCCCAGAGCUGACGAUCAAUCCCGGACCUUGUUCUCAUUAUUGCAACGAGAAGCAGGAUUGUUUCAAUUAAUCGGAGAAAGAGAUGGUUACCAAAACGGAGGAGAGUCAAUUGAACAAGCUCGAGAACCAGGUCGACAAUGGCGGUGGAGGCGCCUGGGAGUAUCUUUGCCUGGCCCGGAAGCUCAAGGUCAGGCGUUCCGAUAAGGUGCUCAAGUACGGGCUGUCCAUCUUGAAUGACUCCCGAAAGAGAUCCAGCCUCGGUUCCGAUGAGUGGACCCUAUAUGAACAAGUGGCUGUUGCAGCUAUGGACUGCCACGCUCUUGAUGUGGCAAAGGAUUGCAUAAAUGCAUUACAGAAGAAGUUUCCAGAGAGCAAAAGAGUUGGCAGGUUGGAAGCAAUGUUACUUGAAGCAAAGGGAUCUUGGGAAGAUGCAGAGGCGGCUUACUCAAGCCUUCUGGAGGAAAAUCCAUUUGAUCAAGUAAUCCACAAGAGAAGGGUUGCUAUUGCAAAGGCACAGGGCAACAUUUCAGUAGCCAUUGAAUGGCUAAACAAAUAUCUGGAAAUAUUUAUGGCAGACCAUGAUGCAUGGAGAGAACUUGCAGAGAUAUACGUCUCCCUACAGAUGUACAAGCAAGCUGCUUUCUGCUACGAAGAACUGAUACUGUCCCAACCUACUGUCCCACUCCACCAUCUUGCCUAUGCUGAUGUGCUCUAUACACUCGGCGGACUGGAAAACCUUCAAACAGCAAAGAAAUACUACUCUUCCACAAUAGAUUUAUCUGGAGGCAAGAACAACAGAGCUCUCUUUGGCAUCUGCUUGUGUAGCUCCGCCAUUUCACAACUGGCCAGAGGGAGGAACAGGGAAGACAAGGACAGUAGCCCAGAUCUGCCAUCUCUGGCAUCAGCUGCUCUUGAGAAAGAGUACAAGCUGCAGGCCUCCGAUAAGCUCUCCGUCCUUACCUCGACUUUGAAAUGCUUGAGAGUGUCGUCAUAAUAACUCUUCAUUCCCAAACCAUUGGGAACCUUUCUCCAUAAAUAGAACAUGUGAAAAGGGGACGCACACCGACUGCUGAACCUUGGGAAAAUGUUUUGGCAAUUUGGCUUCGCGUUAUAUGGUUGAUCCGAAAUUUCGUUCUUUGGUGGAUUGAUUCCGACGUGAGAACAUAAAAUUUAUCAUUCUUUAAAAGCUGGAUUUGAUUGUUUUUGUAGGGAAAGAGUGUAAUCAGACUGAAGGAUAGAUUGAGAUGCCAGAUUAUUUAUAGUUUUAACUAGCUUCUAGGUCAUUCAAGUGAUUCCUACCUUAGUGAAGCAAACACAAGCUCCAAAAUUCUUAUUGUCCCCACGGUGC